GGAAGUCGAGGGGCCCACACAGGAAGGCGGCAGCGGGACUUUCCUGCCGCUGCCUCCCAGCCUGCCUUCCUGUCUUCGGCCCAGAGUCCCUGCACGCUAGGUUGCAGUCAUGGCGCCCCCAAGUGAGGAGACGCCCCUGAUCUCUCAGCGCUCCUGCAGCCUCUCAUCCUCAGAGGCCGGGGCUCUGCAUGUGCUGCUGCCUCCUCGGGGCCCUGGCCCCCCUCAGUGCCUGUCUUUCUCCUUCGGGGACCAUUCAGCUGAGGAGCUGUGUGUGCAAGCCGCCAAGGCCAGUGGUAUCCUGCCCGUGUACCACUCUCUCUUCGCACUGGCCACAGAGGACCUGUCUUGCUGGUUCCCCCCAAGCCACAUCUUUUCUGUGGAGGACGUGGGCACCCAAAUCUUGGUCUACAGGCUCCGGUUUUACUUCCCCAGCUGGUUCGGGCUGGAGAAAUGCCACCGCUUCGGGCUCCGCAAGGACCUGGCCAGCGCCAUCGUUGACCUGCCCGUCCUGGAGCACCUCUUCUUCCAGGUGAGGGUCGGCAGGGUAACAGCGGGCCUCACGGCUGGGCGGGGCUCCUUCAGGACCUUGCAUUUGCAAGACUUGCGCACGCUGACCGCGUCCCCGCAGGAGGCCGAGUUCCCGGCGCUGCCCGCCGCGCUGUCCUUCGUGGCGCUCGUGGACGGCUACUUCCGCCUGACGUGCGACCCGCGACACUUCUUCUGCAAGGAGGUGGCGCCACCGCGGCUGCUGGAGGAGGUGGCCGAGGACUGCCACGGCCCCAUCACCCUGGACUUCGCCAUCCACAAGCUGAAGGCCCGGGGCUCAGUCCCGGGCUCCUACGUGCUCCGCCGCAGCCCGCAGGACUUUGACGGCUUUCUGCUCACGGCCUGUGUCCAAACACCCAUAGGCCCUGACUACAAGGGCUGCCUCAUCCGCCGGGACCCCACUGGGAGCUUCUGCCUGGUCGGCCUCAGCCGGCCUCACGGCAGCCUCAGGGAGCUCCUGGUUGCCUGCCGCGAGGGCGUACUGCGUGUGGACGGCGUGGCCCUGAGCCUCACCACCUGCUGCGCCCCCACACCCAAAGAGAAGUCCAACCUGAUGGUGGUGCGGAGAGGGUGUGGCCCGGCCCCUGCAGCCCCCGCGCAGCCCCCGGUGCUGAGCCAGCUGACCUUCCACAAGAUCCCCCCGCCAAGCCUGCAGCGGCACGAGAACUUGGGCCACGGGUCCUUCACCAAGAUUUACCGCGGCUGUCGCCGUGAGAGCGUGGACGGGGAAGCCCGCGAGACCGAGGUGCUGCUGAAGGUGCUGGACGCCGAGCACAGGAACUGCGUGGAGUCCUUCCUGGAAGCAGCCAGUUUGAUGAGCCAAGUGUCCUACCCGCAUCUCGUGUUGCUGCAUGGCGUGUGCAUGGCUGGAGACAGCACCAUGGUGCAGGAGCUUGUACCCCUGGGCGCCAUUGACACCUACCUGCUCAAGCACCGCCACCUUGUGCCCGCCAGCUGGAAGCUGCAGGUGACCAAGCAGCUGGCCUGCGCCCUCAACUAUUUGGAAGACAAAGGCCUUCCUCAUGGCAACGUCUCAGCCCGGAAGGUGCUGCUGGCACGGGAGGGAGCUGAUGGAAGCCCACCGUUUAUCAAGCUCAGUGACCCUGGCGUCAGCCCUACUGUGCUAAGCCUGGACAUGCUGACCGACAGGAUCCCCUGGGUGGCCCCAGAGUGCCUGGACGAGGCCCGGACGCUCGGCCUGGAGGCGGACAAGUGGGGCUUUGGAGCCACGGUCUGGGAGGUCUUCAGCGGCGUCCCCAUGCCCACCCGCGCGUUGGACCCCGCCAAGGUCAGAGUGGGCCUCGAGGGCCCAGUUCUCCGAUCUGCGAUCUCGGGGCUGCCUUCCCGGCGCGGGGGCCUCUGCACCGAGCGCCCUCUGCAGCCCGGAAACGACUGUAUCUGCUCCUCCUCCUCCUCCCUCUAUCCUCGCCUCUCCCAGUUUACCGCCUCUUCUCCCCGCCCCUUCUUCUUCCUGGAGUCAGGAUCUUACCCAGUAGUCCAGGCUGGCUUGGGCUCCCGCUGGAUCCCGGCAGAUGAGAGGGAGAGCGUGGGCGCCCUGUGCCAGCUACCCAGGGGCCACGACGGCAGCCACGUAGCCCGCGUGACCCGCAUCUCGGUCAGGGGACCACACUCAGCGCGUUCUCCCGCCCUGCAGCCAUGUGCAGUUGCACAGGGUGUUCACUGCUCAAGGAGGCUGCUCUGCCCAGAGCGUCUUCUUCCUGCCCCACAAGGCACCCCUGGUCCCACUUAGCCUGGCCGUAACUCACUGAGGGGGAAGUGCGCAGUCAGGUCAAGCAGCAGUCGACUCCGGACCAGGGCCUGGGGCCAAUCCACCCGCCCUUCUGUGCCCGCAGAUUACGAACUCCUCUCCGAUCCCACACCGGGCGCCCUGGCGCCGCGGGACGGGCUGUGGAGCGGUGCCCAGCAAUACGCGUGCCAGGACCCCACCAUCUUCGAGGAGCGGCACCUCAAGUACAUCUCGCAGCUGGGCAAGGGCAACUUCGGCAGCGUGGAGCUGUGCCGCUACGACCCGCUGGGGGACAACACGGGCGCCCUGGUGGCGGUGAAGCAGCUUCAGCACAGCGGGCCGGACCAGCAGAGGGACUUCCAGCGGGAGGUGCAGAUCCUCAAGGCGCUGCACAGCGACUUCAUCGUCAAGUACCGCGGUGUCAGCUACGGUCCCGGUGAGCCUCGGCCCGUGGGGCUCGUCUCGGGCCGGGACGCCUUUCGGACGUGGGCUCAAUCCUGGCCGGGCAACUCUUUUCGGGUUUCUGAGACGGGGUCUUGCUAUGUAGCCCAGGCUGGCCUUGAACUCGAGAUUCGCCUGCCUCAGCGUCCCGAGCGCUGCGAUGACAGGCGUGCGCCCUCAUGCCUGACUGUUUUAUGGGGUGAGGGGGAGGCUUUGGAGACAAUAUGUAGCCUAGUCUGCUUCGAACUCGACAUUGGUGACUCUUCCAUCUCUGGCCUCAGGUUCGCGCCCGAGUCCCUGGCAGACAACGUCUUCUCGCGGCAGUCGGACAUGUGGAGUUUUGGCGUGGUGCUGUAUGAGCUGUUCACCUUCGGGGACCCGGGCUGCAGCCCCUCGGCCGAGUUCCUGCGCAUGAUGGGCUGUGAGCGGGACGCCCCCGCCCUGUGCCGCCUGCUGGAGCUGCUGGCUGAGGGUUGCAGGCUGCCCACACCAGCUGCCUGCCCUGCGGAGGUCCACGAGCUCAUGACCCAGUGCUGGGCGCCCAGCCCACAGGACAGGCCGACCUUCGGUGCCCUGGGCCCCCAGUUGGAGGCUCUGUGGAGAGGAAGACGGGGGUAGUGGGUGGAUGGGCCCUGGUCCCCUAUGGCCCGCUUGCUGGGUGCAGUCUCUGCAUUGUCUGUGGCCCCAGAGGUGUGACUUUGGGCCUCACAAAGACGCCUCAUGGGGCAAUGACCUCACUAGCAACCUGGAAGGCUCUUAUGCAUCCCUCAAAGCCCCAGCUGUUGUGUCCUUGCUGUUUUCCCUUGUGUGCCUCUAUGCCUGCUGUGCCUCCCACCCAGCCCUGACCCUAGGGGUGGGGCAGUGUUUGUGUCCAGUUCUGUCCCCCCGAUGUGGGGACUCCUUGGGGGCUGGGCUGAGGCCUGAGCAUGAGGGGGCACAGAGUGGGCUCAGGGUGUUUGUUGAGUGAAUAAAAGAGUUCAACAACAGUGAUGUGUUGUGGCUGGACUUGGGUUGCAGGGUGGCUGGGAGAAAUGGCUUGGAUAUCUUUGGGGGUGCCCUGUGAGGUCCCCAGGGCAGCUGGGGGAGGAGGCACAGCUGGAGAGGCCU